AUGGUUGGUAAACAACUCUUUGUGCUUAUUAUUGCUGUAUUCUCGAUUACAGUUGAUGCCAAUUCAAAUGAGUACUGUAAAGUUCAAAAAGAAAAGUGUGCAACGACAUCUCGUAUUAAAGUUGCAUGUGUUGACAAUGUUUUACCUAUUCAUCGUCUCAAUUUUAAUGGUCUCUGUUUCCAAGACGCACCAUCUAGUGUUGAUGAUAGUGUUCAAUGUGCAACUGCUUUUCCACCUGAUAUACAAAUUGCAGCUACUUAA